ACAUGAUUGCGGAUGUUCUGCUAACAGCAAAGGAGGAAGGUAUGGAUACGUGAUGAACACGCCGGCGUCAAAAGUUAUUUCUGCUGACCAACAGUUCUCCAAGGUGGUCGCUACACCCGCCUAGCUGUCAGCCCCGAGCAGAGGCGCUGCUUUUUACACACUCGGCGGCAUCUCCUCCUCGGCGUGGUGUUGUUUUUGGAGCGCAGAGGUGUGAGGGUCUUCAUCAUUGCCCUGCUCAGGCUGACACGGCGUGUCGCCGCGUUAACGACCCAAUUCCCAGUGACGGCUCGCCGUCCUGUCGUCCACAGCCGCGCUCUGCUGUCGCUCCGCGGUGCCAAAGCCUCGUCACCUCUGCCGAGCAUGACGCAAACAAACAAGUCCGGUAACACCCCGGCGGCUGACUCUCCGGGCUCGGUCCAGGAGGAGGUCCCGGCGGAGGCCCCGGCUUCCCGCGAGGAGAGCCGGGCUGCGGGAGAUGAUGGAGGAGGAGGAGGAGAAGACAAUGUCGGGGACCGUGACAUCAUCAAGUCACCCAGCGACCCGAAGCAGUACAGGUACAUCGUUUUAGACAAUGGCCUCGCAGCUCUGCUCAUCUCCGACUACAGUGGGCCAAUGGGAUCAGAGCAUGACGACUUGGACAAAGAAGAAGAGGGGGAAGAUGAUAACGAAGAAGAAGACGAGGAGGAGGAGGAGGAAGAUGAAGACGACGAGGAGGAGCACGAGGAUGAGGCUGAUGUGGAUGAAGGCAGGGAAGACAAGAAGAGGGCUAAAAGGAAGAGAGGAAGUGCAGACAAACAGUCUGCAGCGGCUUUGUGUGUCGGCGUGGGCAGCUUCAGCGACCCCAGCGACCUCCCGGGCCUCGCUCACUUUCUGGAGCACAUGGUGUUCAUGGGCAGCGAGAAGUACCCGUCAGAAAACGGCUUUGAUGCGUUCCUCAAGAAGCACGGUGGGAGCGACAACGCCUCCACCGACUGCGAAAGAACCAUCUUCCAAUUUGACGUCCAGAGAAAAAGCUUCAAAGAAGCCCUUGACAGGUGGGCCCAGUUCUUUAUCUGCCCUCUGAUGAUCCGAGACGCCAUCAACCGGGAGGUGGAGGCGGUUGACAGCGAGUACCAGCUGGCUAAGCCAUCCGACUCCCACAGGAAGGAGAUGCUGUUCGGCAGUCUGGCCAAACCUGGACACCCUAUGGGCAAGUUCUGCUGGGGUAACGCUGAGACAUUGAAGCAGGAGCCGAAGAAGAAAAAGAUCAACGUGUACAAGAGGCUGUUUGCCUUCUGGAAGGAACACUACUCUGCCCACUACAUGACUCUGGCUGUUCAGUCAAAAGAAAAGCUGGACACUCUAGAGAAGUGGGUGAGGGAGAUCUUCAGCAAGGUGCCAAACAACGGUCUGCCGAAGCCAGAUUUCUCUAAUUUGCCGGAUCCUUUCGACACCCCAGCCUUCUGCAAGCUCUACAGAGUCGUUCCCGUUAGGAAAGUCCACGCCUUGACCAUCUCCUGGGCUCUUCCCCCUCAGGAGAAACACUACAGAGUGAAGCCUCUCCACUACAUCUCAUGGCUGGUUGGUCAUGAGGGUGCAGGAAGCAUACUUUCUGUGCUGAGGAAGAAGUGCUGGGCGCUGGCUUUGUACGGGGGAAACAGUGAAACCGGCUUUGAUCAAAACACCACCUACUCCAUCUUCUCAGUCUCCAUCACCCUGACGGAUGAAGGCUUCCAAAAAUUCUACGAGGUCACUGAUCUGGUGUUCCAGUAUCUGAAGAUGGUGCAGAAACUCGGACCACAGCAAAGAAUAUAUGAGGAGAUCCAGAGGAUAGAAGCAAAUGAGUUUCACUACCAGGAACAGAUUGACCCCAUAGAGAACGUAGAGGACAUUUGUGAAUGCAUGCAGUUGUUCCCUAAGGAGGACUUCCUGACAGGAGAUCAUCUUAUGUUUGAGUACAACCCUGAAGUGAUCGGUGCAGCUCUUUCUCUGCUAACCCCAGAGAACGCUAACCUGAUGCUGCUGUCACCAGAACACGAAGGCCAGUGUCCCCUCCGGGAGAAGUGGUUUGGCACACAGUACAGUGUGGAGGACAUCGAGAAGAAGUGGAUGGAGCGAUGGAGUGGAAACAUGGAGCCAAACAGUGACCUCCACCUUCCUGCAGAGAACGAGUUUAUUGCCACCGACUUCAACUUGAAGCCCUCUGACUGCCCGGACACAGAUUUCCCCGUGCGGAUAGCCGCCAGUGAUGAGGGCUGCCUCUGGUACAAGAAGGACAACAAAUUCAAAAUCCCCAAAGCCUACAUCAGAUUCCACCUAAUCUCCCCCAUAAUCCAACAGUCCGCAAAGAACGUAGUCUUGUUUGAUCUGAUGGUCAACAUCCUGGGCCACAACUUGGCCGAGCCGGCCUACGAGGCUGAAGUGGCGCAGCUGGAUCACAAGCUGGUGGCGGGCGAGCACGGCCUGAUCAUCAAAGUUAAGGGAUUCAACCACAAGCUGCCUUUGCUAUUUCACCUGAUUGUCGACCACUUGGCUGAUUUUUCUGCCUCCGAUGAUGUCUUCAGCAUGUUCGCCGAGCAGCUGAAAAAAACCUACUUCAACAUCCUCAUUAAACCCGAGAAACUCUGCAAGGAUGUGCGUUUGCUGAUCUUGGAGCACGCUCGCUGGUCCAUGGUGGAGAAGUACCAGGCUCUGACAGCCGGUCUGACCUGCGAAGAGCUGCUGGAGUUCAGCCGGAGCUUCAAGGCCGAGCUGUUCGCCGAGGGGCUGGUGCAGGGGAACGUCAGCAGUACUGAAUCGGUGCAGUUCCUGAAGUACGUCACCGACAAGCUGCAGUUCUCCAAGCUGCCAGCAGAGGUGCCGGUGACGUUCAGAGUGGUGGAGCUUCCUCAAAACCAUCACAUCUGCAAAGUCAAGUCCUUAAACAAAGGGGAUGCCAACUCUGAGGUCACCGUUUACUACCAGUCUGGGCCCAAGGCUUUAAGGGAGCACACUCUGAUGGAGCUGCUGGUGAUGCACAUGGAGGAGCCCUGUUUUGAUUUCCUCAGGACAAAAGAGACUCUGGGUUACCACGUCUCCCCUACCUGCAGAAACACCUCUGGUGUUCUGGGUUUCUCUAUCACCGUGGAAACACAGGCGACUAAAUUCAACUCCGAGUUGGUGGAGUUAAAGAUUGAGGAGUUCUUGGCUUCGUACGGGAAGGAGCUCGGUGAUUUGACUGAGGAGGCCUUCAGCACCCAGGUGACCGCUUUAGUGCAGCUGAAAGAGUGUGAGGACACACACCUCGGGGAGGAGGUGAACAGGAACUGGGAAGAGGUGUUGACGCAGCAUUACGUGUUUGACCGGCUGAACAAGGAGAUCGCUGCUCUGAAGCUGAUGACCAGAGACGAGCUCCUCUCCUGGUUCCUAAAACAUCGGGACGAAACCAGCCGCAAACUCAGCGUCCACGUGGUGGGAUUCGGUGCUGAGGAGAACGACGGGGACGGUGAGGGUAAGAAGAAACAGAAGAGAAAAGCAGAAGCGGAUAAGGAGGAGGAAGUGAGCGAGUCUGCGUACGGUGAGGUGUCAAAGCUCACCUUGCUGCCCGCCUCCUCGAAGAUAGAGGGCGCCAUCUCCAUAAUGGACAUACCAGAUUUUAUCAAAGGCCUGCCGCUCUUCCCUUACCACAAGAUUCUCGAAUGAGCGUGAGCUGAAGCUGAGAGACCGACGGCUGAACUCCGCCUCUCGCUGAGCCGCGCUCAUGGACUCUGUCCUGUUAGAGACGCAGCCGCUAAAUGUCAACAUCAGUUGCUCUCGAGUUGCAGGUUUUAAACACAGUGUUCUUAAGAAAGAAGACUGGGAGUGAUGGCUGGGUUUUCUUUUAACUGAUUGUGUUGCAUGCUGACGUAGCAGAAUGGAGAAACAUAAAAACAAUGUCUGGAAAAAAAAAAAGAAUUAAAUUCUUUUCAGCUUCUGUUCUCCUCUCAGAUUCUCAGUUUAAUGCAUCUUUAACUUAAAUGUAAAAACUGAUCAACUGAUCAACGAUCAUUUCAAGUACCUUGAAAUGUAGAUGUUUUAAUUUGAGGAGCCGUGUCCUCCUGUCAUGAUGUGGCAUUGUCAUAAUGGAGGAAAAAAGCGAAUAAACGAUUGAAGGAA